UCAUGUAGACUAAUAAUUGGGUGAAUGUAAAUUGUGAUGGCUCCUGAAAAGCGUUGGAAUUUGCUUGGGACUUUUGGAAGCUCUUCUAACCUCUUCUUCCAUUUUAUCUUUCACGCUCACGCCGCCAAGUGAAGCCAUAGACGCGUUCGUGAUAUCGGACAAUUGUCAUUGCUAGCUCCUAGUGUUUCAAUGGCAUCAUCUACAAUAAAAUCUGGUGCUUUGGUUACUUUACAAGAAUUGAACUCCUCUUCUCCACAUUUUAAGCAAGGGGCCUCACUUCGAGUUACUGGCAAGCUACAAGACUAUUCCAUAGAGACUGCAAUUGCCGUAAUUGUUGAUGAAAGUGCCAAUCUAAAAAUUGACACCCAGCACUUAAGCCUCAACCUUCGAGUUGGAUCUAUCUACCAGUUCAUCGGAGAACUCCUCAUUCAACCUAACAAUGAGACAAUCUUGAAGGCACGGGUGGGAAGGAAUGUAGAUGGCAUGGACCUUAACCUCUACCGCCAGUCCCUACGGCUACUGAGAGAGUUUCAAGCUGAUCAAACAAGUAGUCAAGCACCUUAGCGCCAUAUAUCUUAUUGUCGAAGAUACAACUGAGAUUUCAGGAAAUACUUUUACUUGAACUACAGGAAAUGUGAUGAGAAGGUGAACUGGCGUAUUUAUGAAAUUGGAAAGCUGGCACUAUAAUCUCCUUCAAGAUCCUCUUUAUCAAAGUUGCUGAAAUACUAUUUUCUCCUGUUGAUCAAGAGAUCGAGUAAGGUUUUUUAUACUUGCCACAAAAAAAGAAAAAAAAACAAGGAGUAUGGUGUUUAUUUGGCGGGAAUGAAUGCAUUGGGAAUUAAAUUACUGAGCAUUUUGUAGAAUUUCUUUGAUCAGUCGGCAUUCUGUGUUCUCCUUCUUGUUUAUCGUAAUGUGGAGUUGGCAUGUCUACUA